AUGCUUUUGGAGUCAAAUUAAGCUGAUUCCGAUGUAGAUAUCCAAGAGAUUUGGAAAACCAAUCUUUGUUGGACUUCAAAAUUGAAUCCUAAAUUAGAAUAAUUUAAUUAAUUUGAUGCAUAUAAUUAAUGUCAGCAACUGUUGUUGAGUUUAGAAUUAGGUUCUUAUAAAACUAUACAAAACGAUUAAUAAUAAUAAAUCAAUAUAAACAAUAUGAAUUAAGAAAUGUAAUCAGUAAAUACUAAAACGAAUAUUCCCCCAUCAUCAACAAAUUAAUCUAGUAAUCAAUUGAAUGUCAAACCUUUCAAUUAUUUACUAAUCUAAGAAUGUUAAAUUUCAUAAAGUAAUUGGUGUUUAGCUAUAGCUAUUGAUAAAGAUUGUUCAACAUUGGUGGCUGGAUGUAGUUCACUAAUUAAAGUAUUUGAAUUCAAAUAAGGAAUGAUCAAAUUAAUUUAAACAUUAAAUUAACAUAAGGAUUUGGUAACUACUCUAAACUUCAUGCAGAAAUCUAAAUAGUUUAUAUCUGGAAGUUUUGAUAAAUCUAUAAUAAUAUGGAAAUAGAAUUAAAAUAAUUUAUGGAGCUAUUAAUAAAUAUUAAAUGGACAUAAUGGUUUUAUCUAAUGUUUAAUAAUAAAUACUAAUGAAGAUCUAAUUAUAUCAGGGAGUGAUGAUUGUACUCUUAAAUUUUGGAUAAAUAAGAAUGAAUGGUUGUGUUAAUAAACAAUAAAUGAUCAUUCUAAAUAUAUAUAUGGAUUAAGUUUGAAUUAAUAAUAAAAUAGAGUUGUAUCAUGUGGAUAUGAUUAAUAUAUAUUAAUAAUAGAAUAAUAAGAAUAUAAUAAAGAAUGGAAAGUAAUAUAAAAGAUAACAAUUGAUAAUUAUGGAUAUCGAGUAUGCUUUAUUGAUAAUAAUAUGUUCACAUUCACACCAAAUAAUAAAGAAUAGAUAUCUGUUUAUGAGAUGAAUAAUCACAAUAAAUAAUUUACAAAAACUAGAGAUAUUCCGAUAAAAAGUGGAUUAGACAACAAUGCAAGAUUCCCUUAGCAAUAUAUAAAUUCAAAAAGUAUUCUUAUAAGUAAGAAUGGAGAAUAUGUUAAUUUGAUUAGGAAAUAAUAAAAUGGAGAGUUUCGAACUGAAUAGUCUAUUCAUUUUGGAAUUAAUUGUUUAUAUGGAGUAAUGAGUGAUGAUGGAGAGUAUUUGAUCACUUGGGAUGAUAAAUCAAAGGAGAUAUAAAUAAGAAAGUUUAGAUAAUUAUGA